UCCCCUUACUCUGUCGAAGAAUAUCAGAACAGGGGCGGCUCUUCGAUUCGGAUUGUUGCUUCUUCUUUUUUUGUUUCCCAAUGGCAACCAAAAUAAAAGGGAUCUACAAAGGAUUCAAGUACAUCUCCCAAAUCUUUGUUGUGACAAAGGAGCGCGAGAUUGAAAUUGGAUACCCAACGGAUGUUAAACACGUUGCACAUAUUGGCUGGGAUGGCCCUUCUGGUACUGCACCCACUUGGAUGAAUGAGAUCAACACGGCAUCGAAUUUCGCGGCAACAUCUAUUAGUAAUAUUAACGAGACAAGAGGUUCUAGUUCUGCAGUAUCCACAUGGUCAUCUCAAGAUUAUGAAUCCAUGGACAGGCAACCAAUGUCUGAUCAGAUGUUGAAAGACGCACCGCCGCCCACGGGCAUUCCCAAAAUCCCGAAGAAGCAGAAGAGGAAGAAGACCAAGUCGACUUCCUCCCCUAAGUCAUCUUCCUCAUCAUCAAGAUCGUCGCGAGCAGCCAAGUCGAAAACCAAAUUUGUCGAAAGCAAUGCCAAAACAUCGAACAUAGAAGUGAUGUAAAAUUAAAUGUAUUCGGUGGCACCAAGAAUAAAUAACUUUGCAAAAUUGGAGAUUCUGAAAGUGGGGGAAAAAAAAAACUUGGAGCGCA